UCUAGAUUUUAACUCCACUUCUUCUUCCCCUAUAUGUAUAAAUACUUAGCAGAAUCAUUGGGCAGAGAGACAAAGAUCACACAUCCAAACAUGACGACUUGUGUCAACCUCAAAAUAUGGCUUCUUAACUUGCUCACCUUGUCCACUGUUCUUUCCUUCUCCAAUGGAAAACCAAGUACCAAGUUUCGAGUGAAAGCAGUUAAUCUUGGUGGGUGGUUGGUGACAGAAGGUUGGAUGAAACCUUCUCUCUUCGAUGGCAUUCCAAAUAAAGAUUUCUUGGAUGGAACUGGUGUUCAGUUCAAGUCUGUGACAACGGGCAAAUAUCUCUGUGCCGAGUCUGGAGGAGGAACAAUCCUAGUUGCAAACCGCACAGUUGCUUCUGGUUGGGAAACAUUUAGAUUGUGGAGGAUAAACGAGAACACUUUCAGAUUGAGGGUGUUCAACAAACAGUUUGUGGGUUUAGAUGGGGUUAAAGUCGUUGCUGUUUCUAACGAUUCGAUUGCUUCUGCGACAUUUCAUAUUGUUAAGGAAAGUGAAAGUUCGAGUCGUGUUCGUCUCAAAGCAUGCAAUGGAUACUUCCUGCAGGCUAAGUCAGAGGAGGUAGUGACUGCUGAUGUAUCCAAGGUGAGUGCAUGGGAAGAUGAUGACCCAACCAUUUUUGUGAUAACCAUUGCUGCAAGGUUGCAAGGAGAAUUCCAAGUCACAAAUGGUUAUGGCCCCACAAAAGCUCCCCAAGUUAUGAAGGACCAUUGGAGCACAUUUAUUGUUGAAAAUGACUUCAAAUUCAUGAGGAGUAAGGGAUUAAAUGGUGCCAGAAUUCCAGUAGGGUGGUGGAUAGCAAGUGAUCCUGCUCCACCUUGGCCUUAUGUGGGUGGUUCCUUGCACGCACUAGACAAUGCCUUCUUCUGGGCACAGAAAUAUGGACUAAAAAUUAUCAUUGAUCUUCAUGCUGCACCUGGUUCACAAAAUGGCUUUCAGCAUAGUGGUUCAAGAGAUGGUUCUCUAGAAUGGGGGACAACAGACGAAAGCAUUAACCAAACAAUUUAUGUUAUAGACUUUCUAUCUGCAAGGUACGCCAAAAAUCCUAGCUUUUAUGCAGUUGAGCUACUAAACGAGCCUCUCUCACCUGGUGUGACGAUUGAGAUGUUGAACAAGUAUUACAAAGCUGGGUAUGAAGCUGUUCGCAGACACUCAUGCACAGCUUAUGUGAUACUCUCAAGUAGAUUAGGACCCUCAGAUUCAAAGGAACUAUUUCCUCUUGCGAAUGAUAUGAUGCGAUCUGUGAUUGAUGUUCAUUACUACAACAUCUUCGAUGAUGUAUUUGAAAACAUGAAUGCCCAACAAAACAUUGAUUUCAUCUACACCAAUCGCUCAUCGCAGUUGAACAAUAUCACAAUCUCAAAUGGAAAUGUUCCUCUUAUUUUUGUGGGUGAAUGGGUUGCUGAUUGGAGAGUUAAAAAUGCUACAAAGGAGGACUUCCAAAGAUUUUCUAAGGCCCAAAUAGAUGUUUAUGGGCGAGCCACGUUCGGGUGGGCUUAUUGGGCUCUCAAGAAUGCCAACAAGUUCUGGAAUUUAGAGUGGAUGAUCAAUAAUGGUUACGUUAAAAUUUAGAAAGUUUUCUCUCUAGAGAAAAAUAAGGGCCAUUUACUUUAUUUUGUUGCUCGUUUAUAUUUUUAAAAUUAUAAAAUUAUCAUCGUCUUUAAAUUUGU